AUGUUAGACAACAAGAAUUGUACUUCUCGAUACCAAGAGUUUGGUAAUUUUAGUUCAGAUGAUUGUAGCAGAGAACACCCGGUUUCUUUCCUCAAUUCAGUUGAUCUGUCUACAUCAGUCAUCAUUGCUGUUUUAUCACCAUCGGCUGUGGUUGCUAAUGCACUGAUUUUGGCCACCAUUUGGAAAAGAACUUUUACCAGGACUUCUUUCCAUGUUCUUUUAAGCGGACUGGCGUUAACUGACUUUUUCACAGGACUUCUUGCCCAACCUUUCUUCGCUGCGUCGUGUCUAACAAAUUCGAUAAACAUUCGUACAAUUGGCGAGAGCAGCAGUGCAUACUUCAUUGCCAUAACACUUAUUAUCAUAACGUUGAUGUCCGUUGAACGAUGGCUGUAUAUGUCUCAAACAUCAUUUAGUGCAUCACGUCGUAGAUAUUUCUUCCUUAUCAUGGUCUUUUUUCUCCCAAUUCCAGCAACUGUUAUUCGCGUGUUAGCUAACCAUAAAGAUCCGGCGUAUGAAUAUGUGUUUGCUGUAACUACAGCCGUAGAGAUGUCGUGUUGUUUUCUUGUGACAUUAUUCAGCUAUUUCAAAGUUUACCGUAUUCUACGCCAUCACCAACAACAAAUUCGUGCCCAUUGGGGGUCUCAGAAUUUUGGUCAACCCACCAUAGACUUUUCAAAGAACAAGAAAUCUGUGGCUACCAUGGUGUACAUUUUGAUUUUGUUUUCUGUCUGUUUCAUUCCUUACAUUGUUGCAGCCCCCCUAAAAUUUACUCUUGAUUCCAAAUAUGAAGAAAGAGCCUUCGCUGCUGAGAAAGUGUCAAUGGUGCUUAUAUUUUUGUCUUCUACACUCAACCCAGGCCUGUAUGUUUGGAGGAUGAGAGAUAUUCGUACUGGCCUUAAGCAGCUGUUAGGCAGAAGCAAUUAAAUAAGUUAUUCCUGCCAGGUCCAUGAUCUGCCGAUGAUCAAUUUUAAAACCGGAAUAGCUGUUGCCUAACAUGAAUAAACCUAGUGAUGACUCUUGCUAACCAAAGAGUUUCCUACCGGUUACUGGUACAGUAACAGAGCACGGAAUCCGAAGAUCUGACGUACGAUUCCUGUUCGAAACAAAGAUUUUGCUUUCUUUGUCUUGCGCUAGAGACAACGGGAAUCUACCAGUGAAAACAGUUUUAAAGACACCUCUCUUUAUUGCCUAACAAUAUUCAUAAAAACAUGUUUCCACAUAUAUGAAUAUAUUAUUGACCGUCCUAAAACGCAGUCGACGAGCAAAAGCAACUCAAGGAAAUUCACAAUUAUUUAAUGAGGUUAUGUUAUCCAUGACAGCCGGGAAGAUUUAGUACCACGGAAUAAGCACCCAAUACAAUAGCCUCUUAUCUUCAUAUCUCAUCAACUGAUUAGCCGACCAGAAAUUUUUUAAUUAAGUUUUUAAGUAUUAAGUUUCAAAUAAAUGUCUUGUUUCGAGCCUAAGACAAAACAGGCCUUAAAAGGCCUUUUCCUUUUCGGCCUCCAGAAGCUUAUUUAUUUUAUUUAAAAACUUGCUCAGUAACUGUAGGACGGCUGGAACAGGUUGUAAUACACAAGAAGAUCAUAUGUAGCGUGUGGGUGCAUUUGCGUAUCGAAGACAGGUGCAAUCUUGCUUUCAUAUGCAAAAUAAUGUUGAUUAAUUUUUCACAGAGCCGUGAUCCAAUUACCCUAAGCAAAUCAAUUUUUAUUACAGAAGGAUUCUGUGCGAAUGAAUAAUUAAAUAAGUUCAAAACUCUGCUAGAUGUCAGUCACCAGCAUUAAAACUAACGCGUCUCAAUAUUAUAUUUCUGGAAGGCAAUCAGUAAUAUCAGCGGGGAUAGCUUCUGUAGGGGCAAUAGAAAUGUUAACCAUGAAUAAACACACGUCUAUAGAAAAGCUUUUGUAUUCGCAUAAAACUUUCACAGACCAUUUAAUUAUACUAAGUGUGGUGUAGUUUACCAUGACAGAUGAAUGUUCAACUUCAAACCAUUCUAAAACAAAGCCCAAGUCCCAAAGAUAAUCUAUUAUUUUCGUCAUUGUUUUAUUUACUAAAGAAUUGCAUGCAACGUAAAUCUUGCCUUCGCAGUUUUGACGUCGCUUAAAUUAGAUAAGGUUCAACGUGGUUUGAGAUGCAACAUCACACCAUACUUGGCAAACAAUACAACCUGAAGUCAAUUAAAAGCUCCCGCCGGGUCAAUUUACAAGCAUAUUGAUUAUAGGAAAGGAUUCGAGGGAAAGAAUUAAGUACACAGAAGCCCACAAAUAUCUAAUUCUGUAAGUAGGAGAAGCAAGCAGAAAAGGUGUUGAGGAUGAGCAACAAAAGUACGUCGACAGUGGGUACGGUGAAAAAUAAUACUCUUGGAAGAGUCACUCUCCUCUGAAAUUUGGUAGCAGAGUAAAGCGAAAGUAAUUUGGUUCGGUUUUAGCUUUGAAAUGCAAAAAAAAUUGGACGAGAACUGAUUAUUUCAUUUUCUUUGUAAGUAUAUCUGCUUUAUGUACCCAAAAAGUUAAAACUGAAGAUAAGAGAAGAUAUUAAUCGAACUCUGUGAAAAUCAUUCCCACAAUUAAUAUCGAGUGAAGUUUUGAGCGGAAAAUUAUACUCUGUUUUUCAUUGUGAAUGUCAUUAUGUCUAGAGAAUGGGAAAAAAACUAUGAGCAAUAACUCUUUGUAACAGUUAUGACAGACCCUAUGUGGUAUGUCUUCUGCUAGAUAGUUUUAAUCUAGGACAAAAACAAGGAGCACUUAAGGUACUUUCAGGAUCAGAAUAUUCCAGAGCUCCCCAACCACAUAGAUCACUCUCGGCAUUGCUGAUUCAAGCUGUACUGACUUGUGUCACAUGAGAUCCUUAGAAUAUCAUCAAGAUCUUUCUUCGCUCGAUCGGCUACAAAGUCGACUCAUAAAUUGUAUCUCAGUAUGAGAAGAGAUUAAUACUUCUAGUAACGUUCGAUGAAAAGUUUAAAACGUCUUUCGAUAACUUUAUUUCAAAUCUUAGUAGAUCUCAGAAUCAUUAUCAUUCCAGAAUUGAUUAUGUUCAUCUUUACACUUUUUUUCCAGCAGGGUUACUGGACUAUUCUCUCAGUUCCAGAGUAGCAUUCUCGAUCCUGACGGGUGUGCUGUUUCUUUUCUCCUUCGUUGGUAACUCGUCGGUCAUUCACAUUGUUAGGAAAAACCAAAACAUGAAGUCUACUACUUAUCUGCUGAUACUCAACAUGGCGUGCGGAGAUUUGGUGAUAUCGACUUGGACUGGUGCCACGUUAAUUAGAUAUUUGCUCUUUGGAUCAGUUUGGCCCCUCGGGAGUUUUGGAAUAGUGUUAUGUAAAACAAGCCUGUACAUUGCUUUGGUUUCCUUUCUUGCAUGUAUUUUUAGCUUGGUUGGUAUAACAAUAGAUCGCUUCAUGGCAGUCAGUCGACCCUUGAAACACAAGCCUUGGUCAAAAUGGACCAAAAUAACCAUCCCGGUCAUAUGGGCAACGUCCUUUCUGCUGCCAGUUGGUACUCUUUUGGAAAUAGAUGAAAUACCCAAUCAGUCAGGGAACACUACGUGUAGUGCUACAAUAUCUCAUGCCAAUUCCAUGAUACUUGCGUCAUGUUUUCUACUGCCGUUUACGUUAAUGUCAGUUCUUUAUCCCCUGAUCAGCUAUCGUCUCUGGAAAAGGAAGGUCCCUGGAGAGUUCAACGCCCGGCAACAGCAAAUAGCAAAUCACACGGCGCGAAGAGUCACAUUUAUGAUGAUUACAGUGAUAGUCAUCUUUUUUAUAUGUUGGGCGCCACAAUUUGUUUUUUCGUGGCUGCAUCCAUUUGCUGAGCAGCUCGUGAUGAAAGCACCAAUAUGGCUGAUUCCUUUUAUCAUUUUGUUGAAGAUAUUCAACAGUGCAAUAAAUCCUUUUGUCUACGCGGUAUUUAAUGAGUCCUUUCGAAAAGGCUUUAGAGACAUUUUCGGUUGUGACGAGUUCCUUGAACACAAUACAAGGGAUCUGGGACUGCAGCAAUGCGCUAAUACCCAAACGAAACGUAAGCCAGCUCAACAUGUCCAAUUACUAA